AUGAGUUCGUCUUCGGCAGAUGCUUUUCCAGCAAUUCAGGAAGUUAUGCUGGAGUUCCGUGCUGGUAAAAUGGUUCUCGAGGGAAAAACGGUUGUUCCUGAUACACGGAAAGGGCUUGUUCGAAUUGCUAGGGGUGAAGAGGGAUUAGUCCAUUUCCAGUGGCUUGAUCGCACACAAAAUGUUGUCGAAGAUGAUCAGAUAAUAUUUCCCAAUGAGGCUAUUUUUGAGAAGGUUAAUCAAACAUCUGGAAGGGUUUACAUAUUAAAGUUUAAUAGUGAUGACAGGAAAUUUUUCUUCUGGAUGCAGGAAUCAAAUGCUGACGGUGACUCACAACUGUGUAGCUCAGUGAAUGAUUACAUUAAUCGACCAUUAGAGUUACUUGGUGAAGAGGAGCCUGAUGGAUCUCUUCCACUUCAACUUUCUGAAGAUAUGGCUGAGGAUGACAUCCCAUCUAGAGCUGCAAACUUAGGUAUCCCAAACUUGAGUGUGGAAGCAACGAGUGAGGUACCAUCUUCUGGUCGGGUUAGAUUGGAAGAUCUCCAGAGAAUAUUGAGUAACCUUGGGCCUGCAGAUAGUAUUGUUGAUCCUGAUGGAGGCUUGGGACUUGGUGAUAUAUUGAAGCCUGAUCUAAUAAUGCCAUUGAUGGAGACAUUACCUUUGGAGCAACGUUUAGCUCCCUAUUUACCUGAGGGUAAGUCGUCUCCAGAAGAGAUAUUGGAGUUGUUGCAGAGCCCACCUUUCCGUCAGCAAGUAGAGUCAUUUACUUAUGUACUUCGAACGGGACAGAUAGACUUGUCUCAGUUUGGAAUUGAUCCAAGUAAAUACAAGUUCACAGUUUUGUCUUUUCUGGAGGCUCUUGAGGAUUCUGUUUCGAAGUCGUUAGAGUCUGAAGAGACUAGGCAAGAUGAUCAGGAUUUAAGAUCUCAAUCUUGUAAUCGUCAUGACCAAAUGGAUGAAUCUCAGUAG